UUUACUCUCUCUCUCUCUGAGCAUUUUCCCACCAAAGCAGUGCUCCUCUGCUCUCGCGUGCAGUGAUGUGAAGCCGAGCUGCAGCUGAGGCUGGAAGGGAAGGCUCCUCUUUUUUUUUUUUUUUUAUUUGCCUUUCAUUUGAUUCGGCUGGAUUUCUUAUGUAAUGGAGAUUUUAUAUAACAAUGGCUUGAAAAUAUAUGUCACAGGAGCACCACUGGCAAUGCAGAGUCGUGCGAUCAUUAGUCACUGAGGCACACACUCUUAGAGACACAGAGGCGUGCACACACUCCUGCAGAGGUCCACCUGCUCUGGAGAUGCUGAGUCUGACUGGUUAACGAUGCAGUUCUGCAGGAAGGUGCUUUGCCAGCCGUGUAGCGCCAGAGUCACUUCACCAGAAGAGGACAUGGAAUACAAGAUGGGAAGCUGCAUCAGAAUCCCACACAGCAAGACUGAAGGUCACACUGGGAGUCUGACCCAGAGGGACGACACAACACUGCUGACUGACGCCUCCGCCAGCCAGCACAGUCCGGCGUCUCAGCCGCUGGUCCCCGACGUCCUGGUUGUCACCGGGGUGGAGGAGAGCGGAGGUGCGGCGGCAGACCAGGAGGAGGACAAGGAGGAGCUGGAGUUUCCCCACGACCUGCUGCCCAGUCUCGACUUCAGCAGUGAGCUCAACAUCUGGGAGUCCUCGCUCGGACCCCUCCCAUCCCUGGACUCUCCACAACAAGAGUUUCUUACUCCCACUGAGGAGAUAGCUGCUCCCCAGAGACCCGAGGAGAUCUCGCCAUCACCACCGGAGCCGGUAGCAGAGAUCCCAGCGCCAAAUAUUGUGACCAAGCCGGUAGAUCUCCCUGAACCUCUAAAGAAGUCAGCAGAUCUACUAACAGAACUUCACAAACCAGCGCAAGAGUUGCCAGAAGAGUUUCCAGAACAAACCGAACCAGACGAGCUCCCAGAACCAGUGGAGAAAGAGGAAGAGCCAGCGGAGGUUGCUGAAGUAUUUAUCAAUAAAGUAGCUUCUGCAGAAGAAGCGGGUGAGCAGUCCAAAGUCUUAGAACCUGCAACGAGUGCAGAGAAGAUCCCAGCGGAGAAUGAAGUAGAGCCAGCAAAGGAUGACGAACCACAGCCAGAGCUUAAAGACACGACAGCAGAAACCUUGCAGCCAGAUGAGAAGCUGGUCAACGAAGAGCAGGAGGAGCUCGUGAUAAAAAACGAAGCGAUCCCUUCUGUGGAGCAUUUUACAGCCCCAGCUGAGCAAACUGUGGUCUCUGAGACGGUCCAGGGUCCUGCUGCUGAGCUACAGGACAGUGGGCCCUCCCUCGCUGAGCGGGCAGAAAGCGGUCACCCCAAUCCCACCUGUCCCCCUGCGUCUGUACGCCACCCCCCGCCUGACCUCCCUCCUCACCUCCAAGACACCUUAGAUGCUCGUAGUCUUUCUUCGGCAGCACAAGGGAGUUUCAGACCUGAAGCUCUACCAACCCCACCAGCAUCACCCUGCCCUCCUCCUCCUCAUUCUCCAGGCCGUACUUUUCCUUCUGCACCUCCUGAACCCUGCCGCGUCCCAGUAAGGAGCUCAGAUUCAGAUGGAGCCUUUGAGACCCCUGAAUCCACAACCCCUGUGAAAGCUGUUUCCCCCACUGAACCCCAGAAAGAACAGCUAUCUGAUAUCAAAGUUGCAGAAGCUUCGGUUAGUGAUCCUUCAUCUGAUUUAACCCCAGCUCCUCCACCGUGUCGUUCUCCGUCCAUUGCUUUUGAUGAGAACAAGCCCAUUGCUGCCAGCGGUACAUACAACAUUGACUAUUUCGGCCCAGAUUCAGCAAGUCACACACUCACUCGUUCGCUCAGCCUCCAGGGUGGAGACUUAGAUAGUUCUGGCUUGCUGGACGGAUCAGUAUCCGGAGGUUUCCGUCCACAUUCGGAGUCCUUUAGUGUAGGCACCGAAAGUGCUCCUGGGACACUCCGCAGACCCAAGAAAGUUCGUCCUGGGUCUGUAAAGAAAAAGCCUCUGCUCAGACAGAACUCUAACCCAGAGAGUCCGAGGCCAGCUUCAUCGAGCAGUACCCCAGAAAUCAAGAAGCGGGCAAAGCCCCGAACUGCCAGCCCUCUUCAGGCUCAGGAGGAACCGGAGGUAGGCUCUGCAACGCCGAGCCCUGGGGGAACCCUUCGAAAAACCAGGAAGAGCCGUGUUGAGACUCCUCCUCCUCUGCCGGAGGAGACCAACCAUACCAGCCAAGAGGAGAACCCUGUACUACCUGCCUUACCCCUGUGUCAAGAGGAGACCCCCCUCCCUGGUACGCUGACAGGCACUGACGAAUCCCCCAUCCCGCCUACUGCCUCCUAUAAAUGGGAUCCAGACAAUUUUGAGAACAUCGACCCUUUUAGGACUGGAGGAAGUAAAAUUGCUAACUCUCCCGUCCUCGGCCGUAAAGAUCCUGUAUGCGCCCCCAUCUCUGCCCGUCCAGAGAGCCCUCCUGUGCCUGCUGCUGAACCGCAGCAGCCAAGUCCCCCGGCUCCUCGUAAAGAGCCAACAACCAACCCUGAGGAGCAACCUAUUCUGCCCAAGCGUCAACCCGUAAGACUGGAGUUUGACUACUCAGAGGAGAGCUGUGAGGCAUCUCAACAGGCCUCUCCUCCAGUCAAGAAAGUGGGCAAGAAGCCUGGUGCCAAGAUGCCUCUGAGAAAACCAAAACUGGGACUGAAAAAGGCCCCUCCAGCUCAGAUAGAGCAGCUGGACAACAGCAGUGCUGCAACCCAGAAUGGCAAUGAAAACGAAAUCCCAGUCCCUAAAGCAACUUAUAACUUUGAGCCUGACAAAUGGGACGAUCCAAACUUCAACCCUUUCACAUCAAAGAAAGGUAUUUCCAAUUCCCCCACACUGUCCAGGCCGUCCUAUAGCUUUGACCCCAAUAACUUUGACGACUCUAUAGACCCGUUCAAAUCCUCCAACAAGAUGUCCAAUUCCCCUCCAAAGACAUCUGCCUCCUUUGAACUGCCAUCCAAUGACUAUGAGAAUGAAAAUGAUAAUGACAACAUUGGGGAGCUGGAGGAUCAAAACCAGAACAAACCAACCAAAAAGAAGAAAACUCCCAUCAAAUCUAAUACUUUCAGAGUGAAGAGAUCACCAAAGAAGUCACCAUUAUCUGACCCAUCGCAGGAUGCGCCCUCUGCAGACGAGCCAAACUCCCUCCACUCGCAGGACGACCACGCCACAGACGAGGAGAAGCUGGCCUCCUCCACCGGGCAUAAAUGGGCAACCCUUCACAACGUGGAUACGGAGUUGAAAUCCGACCAACAAGACUUCCCUCAGCCGUGCGAUCUAACGUCCUUUGUCAAUGAGAACAGUCUUCCACAGGAGACUCCAGUGCCAGACUAUGAAAUCGAGUACAUGGAGAAGAUUGGAUCUGCUUCCCCACCCCUGUCUGCGAAGAAGCCGUCUCUGUACUUGAAAUUGGACUCCGUGUCCGACAACUUAACCAAAACGACGUGUGCCCAUGGAUCUGAGCCCAGCUCUCCCUGCACAGGGAGUUUUGAGGAGAUGGAGGCCCAGAUCACAGCAGGUAUGAAGACUCCGGUGCUGAGCUCCCGGUCUGGCCUUGAGGACUCUACGGGGGAAAAGAGCCGGAAGAGGGAAAGCGAGGCGCUCAGCAGAACGCAGAGCACAGAGAGGGACGAACAGCCGUCUAGCCAGAUCCCCACAGAGGCCCCGGCUCCAGGCCCAGCCUUCUCCCCGUUAGACAGACUGUGUGAAAUCGAUGACCCCCUGCAGUACCUGGAGCCUGACCUGGCCGAGACCAACCCCACAGCAUUCGCCCAAAAGCUACAGGAGGAGCUGGUGCUUGCUGCCUUGAGGAUAGAGGCUCUGCAGGUAGCCAAAAACAUCUCUCAGUGCCCCUCCCUCUCCACUGUAACCCCCAAGUCUCGACUCAAGAAACCCACCACUCGGCGUUGGAAUAUCAACGGUUCCCCCUUAUUAAAACACAGAGAUCUAUCAUCUUCAGUGGAGAAUGCCGUAUCCAAGAACUCCCUGUAUGCCAGGAACACCACCAACACCGCCUACAUAGAAGGGGAGAGCCCUCAUCUACCCAGAGAUCUGGACCACUCAUUGGGCAUCGCGCGGGAAGAGAUUGUCUCAAAGGAGAAAGAAGUGCUGGAGUGGCAGAGGAAGUAUGAAGACAGCCGUCAGGAAGUGGUGGAGAUGAGGAGAAUUGUUGCAGAGUAUGAGAAGACAAUUGCGCAGAUGAUUGGCAUGCCAGAGGAUGACCAGAAGGAGAAAUCUCUCUCCCACCAUACCAUCCAGCAGCUGAUCAUGGAGAAGGACCAGGCCUUAGCUGACCUCAACUCUGUGGAAAAGUCUCUGGCUGACCUCUUCCGGCGUUACGAGAAGAUGAAAGAUGUGCUGGAAGGUUUCCGCAAGAAUGAAGAGGUCUUAAAGAAAUGUGCACAGGAGUAUCUGUCAAGGGUCCGCAAGGAGGAGCAGAGAUAUCAGGCUCUGAAGAUUCAUGCAGAGGAGAAACUGGACAAGGCGAAUGCAGAGAUAGCUCAGGUGCGAGUCAAGGCCAAGCAGGAACAGACGGCCUACCAGGCCAGUCUGAGGAAGGAGCAGAUGAAGGUGGACUCUCUGGAGCGCACGCUGGAGCAAAAGAACAAAGAGAUCGAAGAGUUAACAAAGAUCUGCGAUGAGCUCAUUGCCAAGAUGGGGAAGAGUUAACAGCCGCAACGCCAGGGGGAAACAGAGGAUCCCUCUUCCGACAACCUACAGCUCAUGUGAUGUUGGAAUUUACUUCUUUUCCUCAGAUGUUGUGAAUACUUGAUCCACAGGAAUGGCUUCCUUUAAAUUACCGUGUACAUUUUUAAUGUGUCAGUUUAUCGUGCUGUAUCAGGGGCCUGGUUUAAAGGGUUAGAAAAUCUCCCUUAUCACGUGUGUGUGUGUGUGUGUGUGUGUGUGUGUGUGUGUGUGUGUGUGUGUGUGUGUGUGUGUGUGUGUGUGUGUGUGUGUGUGUGUGUGUGUGUGUGUGUGUGUGUGUGUGUGUGUGAAAUGCUCAUCCACUUCUAAAGCACUCAAACAGUCAUAAUAGCUUCUUGCAUGUGAGAGAGAAAGAAAAAGAAUUUAAUGUUUUGUAUAUACUGUAGGACGGACUCAUCUGCAUUUUUAAUAGUUCUUUUGUCAUCCUCCGCUCUCCUCAUGUAUCCUUGUAGAUAUUUGUCAUAGCUUUUUUUUUUUUUUUUUUUUGAUGGAACUUUAUUUUGAGGAUUUUAUUUUGAUAUAAAGCAAACUAAUUGUUACUGUAUUCAGUUGUGACCAGAAGUAAUUUAAUUUUGAAUGGAACUGUUCUAGUCAUUGCAAUGGUCGUUUGUCACACUGAGGAAUAACUUGUCUGCACAGCUACUGUACAGCAUCUGCUUACAAAGUGCAAUAAAAGAUGGCAAUACAGCC